AAGAAGAAGCACAACCUCGUCCGUAUCGCUUUUCCAAUUAAAUAUUCCAACACUCUCGUCUCGCCCUCUCUCUCUUACACAGUGUCGAUCUUUACGAGGUUCGCUAGUUCGGACUCCCUUCUCUACCUCCUCCGCUCUCACCGUAUUCUCCCUUCGAUGGCAACCACCACCGUCGCAGCAGCAGCAACAAAGCUCACCUCCUUGAGAUCCGCCAGGAACCUCGGCAUCCACGAGAUCUGCCAGGUCCGUCAAUGGUCUCCUCUUCAGUCCGCAAUGCCUCGUUACGGAAUGCUCCGAUGCGGAUCGGGACAGUCCUUUGCAACAUCCACCGUUGUGAAAGCUCAAGCGACGGCUGUUGAGCAAUCGACGGGUGAAGCUGUUCCGAAAGUGGAGUCUCCUGUGGUCGUUGUCACUGGUGCCUCUAGAGGGAUUGGUAAAGCUAUUGCUCUUUCCUUGGGCAAAGCCGGCUGCAAGGUGUUGGUGAACUAUGCUAGGUCAGCAAAGGAGGCUGAGGAAGUUUCCAAACAGAUUGAAGCGUAUGGUGGCCAAGCUAUUACUUUUGGGGGUGAUGUCUCAAAAGAAGCUGAUGUGGAAGCCAUGAUGAAAACCGCUAUUGAUGCAUGGGGAACCAUUGAUGUCGUCGUUAACAAUGCAGGAAUCACUCGGGAUACCUUGUUGAUUCGCAUGAAGAAGUCACAAUGGGAUGAAGUGAUCGAUUUGAAUCUCACUGGAGUGUUUCUCUGUACCCAGGCAGCAACAAAGAUCAUGAUGAAGAAGAGAAAGGGAAGAAUCAUCAACAUAGCGUCAGUUGUUGGUCUCAUUGGUAACAUUGGCCAAGCAAACUAUGCUGCUGCUAAAGCUGGAGUUAUUGGGUUCUCCAAGACUGCCGCCAGAGAGGGUGCGAGCAGGAAUAUUAAUGUCAACGUGGUUUGUCCUGGAUUCAUUGCAUCUGACAUGACUGCCAAGCUUGGAGAAGACAUGGAAAAGAAAAUCUUGGGAACAAUCCCAUUAGGACGGUAUGGACAACCGGAAGAUGUGGCUGGCUUGGUAGAAUUCUUGGCUCUCAGUCCUGCAGCCAGUUACAUUACCGGACAGUCAUUCACCAUUGAUGGAGGUAUUGCUAUCUAGGCAUUGAGGUUUUGUUCAGAUUUGCUUUUGUGUUUUGGUAAAACGGACAAAAGUUGAGUUUAUUCUGGAACUUGGUCGGAUUUCUGUUCUGCGGAUUCUGUUUGGAGAGAAAUCUAAAACGCAUUGCCUAAACUAAUAAGUUACGUAAUAUAUAUUUUUUUCGUUUUGCUAAA